AAAAAGAACAACAAAAUUUUGAACCAACAUUGUUACUCUUUUCGUGGACUCUUAAAUGUCAUUUAAUUUAUCGAGGAAAAAUGCCUCAGUCGCCACCCAAACCAUUACCCCUUGACCCAGAAAAUCCAUAUGUCCUUGUGCCUCUGCAUCAGUAUCCAGAAUUCACCUUCCAGUGUGCCACUCUCCUAAACCUGGAAUGGCCCAGAAGUCGUCAGGCCAGGUUGAACAGUCUCUGGUCAUGCAAUAAAAACUUUCCUGUAGCAAUGGUUCUUGUCCAAUGUGAUGUACGGCAAGCUGUUGGAUUUUGCAAAAUUUCUUUAAUUCCUAGUCAAAAGCAGUCAUGUUUUGUGGAGUCAGUUGUGAUCCAGCCUGAGAUGCGGGGAAAAGGUUUAGGGUCCUUACUUAUGAAAAAAUUGGAGGAGUAUGUUCUUAGCCGAAAACUACAGAUUUUAUAUUUGUCAACUAUAGGUCAAGAAAAAUUCUACAAGAAACUUGGAUACAAUGAAUGUGAACCAGUAUCUCUGUACGCUUUUGGCAAUUCAAACUCUACCUCCCCACUUCCACUAAGCAACAACCAAAUCAACAAGCUAGAAAGUGGCAUGCUCAAGGAAAAUAAUCUUCAGAAUGUGUCUCAGGAUAAUAAUGGCAAAUCAAUUUCAAAAAAUGAUAACAGACUGAUAAGUCAGUGUUCUUCACCUCCGCCCCCACCCCCACCCUUGCCAAAAAAGUCUUUCAGUGAUGGAGUUAUGACUUCCAAGACCUACAUGAGGAAGGAACUCACAAAAAAGUAACAUAUGUUAUUUUGCAUUUAUCUUCAUGUGGGUUACGGUCAUCAAAUAUCAUGUUUUCAAUUGAUUUUAAUUGUUUGCUACAUAGCUUCUUUGCUUUCUAAAUGAUCAACUUUCUGUUUAUUUAUAUGAAGAUUGUCUGCAGUAUUAAUGCUUUUAUUCUGUGAUGUGUGCCUUGUUUUGUAUUGUGUGAUGGAACUUUAAGACUGCUUUGUGCUUUUACCUUGUCCUUAAAGCAGCAUUUGAAUCAGCUACUUCUAAGUACUGUAAUGUUAAAACAAACUCAGCUUCUCUGCAUUUAUUAAUACAUGUAUGUUUGCUUUUAUCUAGGGGUUGGGUUUCACAUUUGUUUUAAUAGAAAGAAAUAAUAUGCUUUCCUUUCCUGAGUAGAAUUUAAUUUAUAAUUGCAAUCUAGUCAGCAGUAUUUUAUUUGUCACUUUUUUAUUCAAUUGGUCAGUCACACAUUUUUUGAGCUCCUCAUUUUGUACAAUAAUGACAACUCAGUUAGCUUGUGUGCAUUUAAAACCCAUGUUUUAGAGCAAGGCUGUAUCAAGGUUAACCAGAGCAAUUUUGGAAAUAAAAAGAGUAUUUUACCUA